ACUAACCAAUCAACCCAUCACACAAUCUCAGCCCUUUAAUAAUCUUCUCUGAUUCCUAAAAUGAUCUUCCAUUCAUCACAAACCAAAUCUCUUCUCUCCUCUUCUUUGCCUUAAUUCAAGAAUCUUCUCCCGCCACCCAACCGCCGCUGUAUGAUCUUUUUGGUGGCGGCGAUUACCCCCAUCUAUUUGAUAGUUUUAUUGAUAUGGGUUGCGGUAGCUCAAGGCUAGGAGGUGGUGCGGCGGCGAGAGCGGGUGAGGGCGGCGUUGUGCCACUUCCGGAGGGAAUACGUCCGCUUCUCAGGAGGAGAUUAGAGGAGAUGAAGAAACGGAGCCAUGCAAGCGUCUUGAAAGGAAACCAGACGCAGUCGAAGAAGGAGCUUCUAAGGCACGGCUCCUCUGAGGACGGAGAGGAGGCGGAGGAGAACGACGACAGCUUGAAGUUGUCGGCUAAGGUGGCUCCUGCGCCUGAUCAUCACGUGGAAGAUAAGAAAGAAGUUAUUUAUGAGAAGAUCUCUUCGAUAAAAGAUGUUAAAAACGGGGAAAAGGUUGUGAAGAAACAAGAUGAGAAAAUUGAUGAUGUCAUCUCUAUUAAGAAAGAAGGAAAUGAUGAGGACAUCAUUUUUAAGAAGCAAGGAGAUGAUGGUAUUGAUCAUGAUGAAGGGAGGAUGAGUAAUUUUGAUGAGAGGAUGAUAUGUCCUGGAUCUCCAAGCUUUAGGGUUUAUUGCAUUAAUGUUACUUCUUCUGAUGAUGACGAUGAUGAUGAUGAUGAUAAAGAAAAAGAUGGUGAAGACAAGAGAAAGUCGAUGGAAACCCAAAGUGUCAUCAUAGAGCCAAAAGAGAUUACGACACAGGAAAAUGAAAGCAUUGUCAAAAAGGAGAAAAAAGAAAGAAAAGGAAAGAGAUUCGGAAUGGCAUUGCCAAGGAAGUAUUUAGCAAAUGUAACUGCACCGUGCUAUGCUGGUGCUGGUAGAGGAUGCAUGGGCAACAACACUGAUCAUUCUCGUGUGGUGCAAGAAAAAUCAAGCCAGUGAUCAAACGUACAAAAUAUGUUUGCCAUCUUUGAUGAAGGACGAACGGUGUGUGGUGUAACGUACGGGGCGAUGAAUAAUCAAAAAGCACCCAACCAUGGAAACUACUAUAAGCUUUUAAUUAGACGUUUGUUUUGUGUUAAGAUACUCUUGUUUCGAAUUUGUACAACCGAUUGUUCGUCUUUGCUUUCUCUGAGGAUAAAUUAGUGUUUGACGAAUGUUACUGUUUUUUUUUUUAAUUUCGCGUGAAAAGAUGUAAGUAGUUGAACUUGUGCAAUAAACAAAAUUGGUGGCUA